CUGAAAAACUGCACAGCGCUGUAUUCUCCGACUACAUCUCGACCAAGUGUGAUUAUCGAGAGGCGAAAUCCAUCUGUUAGACGAAGUGCAUCUUCUGUUUCAUCGUCGAGAGAACACGACGUCCAUGAGCAUUUUCGACGAUCUUUAAGUGGAAAGUGGCCAAGACGAUCGAAAAUCGACGACGAAAAGACGCGAGCCUCACCCAUUACUCGAAGAACUUCCUUCAAUACCCAUGGUUCUACAUGCACUCAACAACCACACGUGAUCGUCAGCAAUAGUGGUGUCGACAGUUGGUUAAAUACUUGUUCUUUUACAUUAUAA